GGGGGCUCCGGGGGUGUCCGCACCGCCAGCGCCUAAAUCCACGCGGGACGCCGCCGAGCAGGGAGAGAUACCAGAAUGCCAGAGGCUACUCCUCUACUGUCUUUGAACUGAGACCCAAGCUUAGUGUCAAGCCCAGAUUCACGUACCAUCCCAACAGACUGGCCUCAAUGACUGAGCAAGCUGCAGCCCUAUGGAUUCUCAAUCAAAGAACAGUUUCAUAGGAAGCUUUCUUCAGCCACCAGAUAAGAUGAUUCCUUCAGCCUUUCCUUAUAUAGAACCAAAGAAGUUGGCAACUGUUGGUGGUGACAGGCCUUCUAUCCCCUAUAACCAAGCUGUGGUGGCAGCCCUGAAAACUCUUCAAGAAAAGAUCUGCCGUCUAGAGUUGGAGAAGUCACAGGCUGAAGAUAAUCUGCGCAGCCUCUCCAUAGCAGCUGCUCAUUAUAAGAAGGCCUUAGAGCAUGAAUCAUACAAAAAGGACACAGCGCAUCAAGAACUGAUGCAACAGAGGAAAGAUAUAAGCGUGCAGUUAAAUGCAGCACAAUCCCGCUGCUCCCUGCUGGAGAAACAGCUGGAUUACAUGAGGAAAAUGGUUUCCAGUGCAGAACUGGAAAAGAAAAUGGUGUUAGAACAACAGGCCCAACUUCAGAAAGAGGAAGAUCAGAACUGGUUGGAACUGCAUGCAAAACUUGAAAAGCUUGAAAUGCUGGAAGAAGAGUGUCUUAAACUUACUGCUACUCAGAGAAUUGCAGAAGACAAGAUCAAACACUUAGAAGAAAAGCUUUAUAAAGAAGAGCUUCAGCAUAAGCUAAUACAAGAAAAAACUGCUCAGCUUCAAACAGGAGUUGAGAUAAACAGAAUUUUGAUGUCUUCAGUAACAUCUAAAAAUGAACCUAAAACAGAAAAUGGGAAGAAGAAAAAAACUAAGAGGAGAAAUCCUACAAUGGAGAAAAUGCACCUUUCACAAUUACAUGUAAAGGCUGGUGAACUACCUUUUGUGGCUGGGAAGUCUGUCAGUUCCAGCCAUUCUGUUAGUGCAAACGUACAAAGUGUGUUGCAUAUUAUGAAGCAUCGCAAUCCACUUAUGUCAUCACGGGUCCAAGGAGGAGCUCCGUCUGGGAUUUCAGGACGCAGUGCACUUUCAAAAUCUGCAUCCUCUUGCUCCACAUCACCUGCUGCCACCAGAAGUCUUUCGGACCUUCUGUUGGCCAUACAAGAUGAGCUGGGCCAAAUGAGCUUUGAGCAUCAAGAACUUCUGAAGCAGAUACAGGAGACUCAAGACUCCAAAGUUCGUGAAGACCUAGAACGGGAGCUGGAUUGCCUUGUAAAACAAAUGGAGGUUAAAGGAGAACAAAUACACAAGCUGAAAAAGCAUCAGGCUACUGUGCAGAAAUUAAAGAGAAAAACUCAGAAACUGAAGCAAGGGGCAGCUGCUGUCAAACUAAAGUGUGGUGACCAAAAGGAAGCAAAGGAGAUUGCAGUCACUGUAAGAGAAAAUAUGUCUAAAACUUGUCCUGGGCAGAAAAGCAGAAGCUCUCUUCAGCUGUUAAAAAAUGUGCAGAAACUUCAGUCAACACUGAAAAAAGGUGAUAUCAUGUGGGAACAACGCUUCUGAAGUUUACUGUGUUAGAAGUUUUUGAAGUUGUCUGACAGCUAGUAAACUUUUAAUUUCACAAAAUACAUUUUAAAAAUAAAAUAAAUAUAGCAUUUUACAUUCUAAACCAUCUACUCACUACUAGGUCAGUUCGUUCACCUCAGAAUUAACUUUCAUGUGGGGUAGCUAUAAUUGCACUAAACUGACUUGUAAUAAAGUGUUUUGAUGGAUUAAUGAAGUGUUUAUUUGUUAACGUGUCAAAUAAAAUUUUAUACCUUUUUUAAACUUAAAA